CCCCAUCACUCACCUUUAUCAGCCAUAACAGUUCCGCAGCGCCACAUCACAAAACGUCGUCCAACGACCUUUAAGGGGCCGCAGGAAUUAAAGACCCACCAGAAUCCAACCGGGAGCUUCUGAGAACACGAUAAGACAUAAUUAUUUAUUUAUUUUUUAAUCGCUACCCGCGUGUUGACGUCGACAACCGAAGUUAGCUCCGAAGCUAACUGUUAGCCUGUGACGUUGUUGACCAAAACAAGGAGUUUCACAGCCUGUGUAUGUUUUCAUCACUCCCACGAGAUGUUGGACGGAACUCCUGCAAACGGUGAUGAAGCCUUCAGUGGCAACGUGGAGAACAACAACCCGGUACCGGGCGCAAGAGUUCUGAAGCAGCUGCUGGUGAAGAAAGGAGGGAGGAAGCCGCUGCUGCAUCACCAGAAACCCCCAAGAAGCUGCCCGAGCAUCCGCCUGUCGGACCACAACAACAACUCCCUCCUGACCGCCUCACCGGGACCCAGACCCGCGGCCCAGACCCAUGUGCCCAUCAUCAACCAGAACCUCCAUCAUGUGAGACAAGGAGCCAAGAAAGAGAUGCUGAAAUCAAAAGGUGUCAGAUUAGAGCGAGGGGGCGUCCAACCAGGAAGCCAGCCCCCCCGCCACCUUCUGAAACACGAUCAGAUCACCCACAACGUGAACACCAGGAGCCACAAACCCAAACAGAGCCCAACCCCCGCUGGUUCCCCCUCCUCGAAGAACAACGAUAACCGCACUCCCAAGAAGUCUUCGUCUUCCCUCCUGCCUCGGCCCCAGGAGCAGAAGAAACCCCUCCUGGCCUCAACCAACGUGAAGAUCAUAAACAGCCCCCCCACUGAAGACGAACACCUCAAAGAUGGAGAAAAGAUCUACGCUGGAGCCAAGUUCAGCGAGCCCCCCUCACCCAGUGUCCUCCCCAAACCCCCCAGCCACUGGGUGGGAGAAAACCAGCCUCAGCAGAGCAACCGAAGCCGUGAGCUGAUGACCGUGCACCUGAAGACUCUGCUCAAAGUCCAGGAUUAACCUUCAGAACCUGGAG